UCUUGUCAGAUCGGAAGCUCCAUCUCCCUCCUUCCCCCCGUUUCUCUGUUUGUAGAUCUUCCUCUUAAUCCCUCCUCCAUCUUUCCGGCGAUAAUUCUUUCAUACCGUCGAAUUGCUGCUUAUUGAAGAAGGAGGAAGGAGAGGGAGUGGGUAGGAAAGAAGCAGGGGAAGAUGCUGAAGUUCCUGAAGGGAGUGGUGGCCGGAUCCGGCACGGGCGUGAAGGAUCUCCCUUACAACAUCGGCGAGCCCUACCCCUCGGCCUGGGGCUCCUGGGUCCACUACCGAGGCACAUCGAAGGAUGAUGGAUCUCCUGUGUCAAUAUUCACUCUUUCUGGAAAUAACCCCCAGGAUGGGCACCUGGCAGCUGGUCGUAAUGGUGUCAAGCGUCUCCGCACUGUAAGGCAUCCAAAUAUAUUAUCCUUUCUUCAUAGCACUGAGGCAGAGGCUUUUGAUGGUGCCAUUACAAAGUUUACCAUCUACAUGGUUACCGAGCCCGUUAUGCCUUUAUCAGAGAAAAUUAAGGAAUUAGGUCUGAAAGGUACUCAGAGGGAUGAAUAUUAUGCAUGGGGAUUGAAUCAGAUUGCUAAAGCCGUUAGCUUCCUCAACAAUGAUUGUAAACUCGUUCAUGGUAAUGUCUGUGUGGCCAGUGUUGUUGUGACUCAAACUUUGGACUGGAAGCUGCAUGCAUUCGAUGUUCUAUCUGAGUUUGAUGGGAAUAAUCCAGCUGCUGCAGGACCAAUGCUGCAAUACGAAUGGCUUGUUGGAGCUCAAUACAAGCCAACAGAGUUGACCAAAUCUGAUUGGACAGCUAUCAGAAGGUCUCCACCAUGGGCAAUUGAUUCUUGGGGAUUGGGUUGUCUUAUUUAUGAACUCUUCUCUGGUAUGAAGUUAAGCAGUACAGAGGAUCUGCGUAAUACUACUUCAAUCCCGAAGUCUCUACUUCCAGAUUAUCAGCGACUCUUGAGUUCUCAACCUUCUCGCAGGUUGAAUACGUCCAAGCUUUUAGAGAAUAGCGAAUACUUUCAGAAUAAAUUGGUGGACACUAUACAUUUCAUGGAGAUACUUAAUUUGAAAGAUAGCAUUGAAAAGGAUACCUUCUUCCGGAAACUCCCAAAUCUAGCAGAACAGCUUCCUCGCCAAAUUGUUUUAAGAAAGUUGCUUCCUUUGUUAGCUUCUGCACUGGAAUUUGGAUCGGCUGCUGCCCCUGCAUUGUCUGCACUGUUGAAAAUGGGUUUGUGGCUUCCGCCUGAAGAUUUCAGUGCCAAGGUACUGCCUACAAUUGUCAAGCUUUUUGCCUCUAAUGACCGUGCUAUCAGAGUUGGCCUCCUACAGCACAUUGAUCAGUAUGGAGAAUCUCUAUCAGCUCAUGUUGUUGAUGAGCAAGUUUACCCCCACGUUGCUACUGGUUUCUCUGACACGUCUGCGUUUCUUCGGGAGCUGACUCUUAAAUCUAUGCUUGUUCUUGCUCCCAAGCUUUCCCAGCGAACAAUGUCAACAUCUCUGUUGAAGUAUCUCUCAAAGUUACAGGUAGAUGAAGAACCAGCAAUCAGGACAAAUACUACGAUAUUGCUCGGGAACAUUGCAAGUCAUCUAAAUGAAGGGACAAGAAAAAGAGUGUUGAUUAAUGCAUUCACAGUCCGUGCGCUCAGGGAUUCUUUUCCUCAUGCCCGAGGAGCAGGAAUUAUGGCUUUAUGUGCAACCAGUUCUUAUUAUGACAUGACUGAGAUUGCCACAAGGAUUCUUCCUAGCGUCGUCAUUCUGACCAUUGAUCCUGACAGUGAUGUUCGAUCAAAGGCAUUUCAAGCAGUUGAUCAGUUUCUGCAGCUUCUAAAACAAAACUACGAGAGAGUAAACUCCGAAGAUACCCCUGGAACUGCAGGCAUCGGAAUCUCCUCAAUACCAGGAAAUGCAAGCUUACUAGGAUGGGCGAUGAGCUCGUUGACCCUCAAAGGAAAACCAUCUGAACAAGCCCCAGUUGCCACUGCAAACUCCAGCACGACGACACUAACUUCUUCGGCCUCUAAUCCCAACUUAGGAGCAGAAACUGCAACAAGCACGACAAUGGUCCAUGCAAGUUCCAGCAAUGAUUUAUCUGAGCCGCCAGUUCCUGUGUCACCAACAUCAACAGAUGGCUGGGGUGAGAUUGAGAAUGGAAUUCAUGAUGACCAUGAGACUGACAAGGACGGUUGGGAUGAUAUCGAGCCCCUCGAAGAGCCAAAGCCAUCUCCGGCUCUUGCAAACAUUCAAGCUGCUCAGAAACGGCCAGUUUCAGUUUCAAAACCCGCCUCACAGCCUAAACCAGCUGUCACGAGCUUGAAGCCAAAAACUCCAUUGAAGGCGGCCAAAGAAGAUGAUGAUCUGUGGGGUGCCAUAGCAGCACCAGUCCCGAGAAGCUCUUCCAAGCCCUUGAAUGUAAAACCAGCAGCUUCCUCCUCCGUAGAUGCAGAUGAUCCCUGGGCCGCCAUAGCUGCUCCAGCUCCCACCACCUCGGUGAAGCCCUUAUCAGCUGGCCGCGGCCGUGCAAAGCCCACAGCCCCGAAAUUGGGUGCUCAAAGAAUAAACCGAACUUCUUCUGGGAUGUAGAAAAUAGAAGAAAAGACGAGAUAUGAGCUCACAGAAACGAAGGGAAGACCGUGGAGUCUGUACAUUUUUUUGGUCUAGAGGUGAUUAAAGUUUCAACAUCAGGAGUGCAAUGGAUCGAUACUCGAUUUGCAAUGACUUGUAUUGGGGAGUUCCAAUACCCACAACAAAUAGCCUCGAAUGUCUAAUGCCAAUCGUUUCCUCUCUUUACCGAUUGUUAUUCUUUUUCACAUUUUCGUGACUAGCGAAAAGUGAGGUACUUGAACAGAACUAGCAAAUUCCAGGCAUGGUUCUUGAUUGUUCCUUGUUGUAAUCCGACUGAAAGUACUAUGGAAUGACAAGUUUGGGUCAUUUAAUUUCAAA